CGCUUCGAGGGAAAAAAAAAAAGACUGAUUAAAAGGGCCCUUUGAUUCCACAGGCACAAAAUCCACAGCCAGGAAUUUGCUGCCACCUCUGAGUCAGGCAGGGGGUGGGGAUGGGGGUGCACAAUCCCAUUAGAGAAUGCCCAGUAGAUUUAGUCUGUGGGAGUCACAUUUCUUAUUUGGACUAGUGAAGACAGAAGCAAACCAGCUCACUUGUUUCCUGGGACAGUUGAUUUAGGGGAUGGCUUUCGCAGAGCAAUCACCUCUGACCCUUCACCGCCGGGACCUCUGUAGCCGCUCUAUCUGGCUAGCAAGGAAGAUUCGUUCAGACCUGACUGCUCUUAUGGAAUCUUAUGUAAAACAUCAAGGCCUGAAUAAAAAUAUCAGCCUUGACUCAGUGGAUGGUGUACCAGUGGCAAGCACUGAUCGCUGGAGUGAGAUGACUGAGGCAGAGCGACUCCAAGAGAACCUCCAGGCUUACCGUACCUUCCAAGGGAUGUUAACCAAGCUUUUAGAAGACCAGAGAGUGCAUUUCACCCCGACUGAAGGUGACUUCCAUCAGGCAAUACAUACUCUUACGCUCCAAGUUUCUGCCUUCGCCUACCAGCUAGAGGAGUUAAUGGCGCUUCUGGAACAGAAGGUCCCUGAAAAAGAGGCUGAUGGGAUGCCUGUCACAAUUGGAGAUGGUGGCCUCUUUGAGAAGAAGCUGUGGGGCUUGAAGGUCCUUCAAGAGCUUUCACAGUGGACUGUGAGGUCUAUCCAUGACCUCCGUGUCAUUUCUUCUCAUCACAUGGGAAUCUCAGCACAUGAGAGCCAUUAUGGGGCCAAGCAAAUGUAGCUCUUAACUCUUGCCUCUGUCUCCCUCUUUGAUCUAAUGGGAUAUCAGUAGUUCCCCAGGGGCCUAGUUUUCUCAGCAUCAAUUUUGGAAAACCUUAGACCACAGGCAUAUUUCGUCAAGUAGGGUUGACCCACGUAUGAACAGAAGAUAAACAUGGUUAUUCUGGCUGUGCAUAUGUGUGUACAUGAUUUUGUUUGUAUUGGUGGUAUAAUAAAGUAUAAUUAGGGCAUUAUCCUUCCACCUUAGUGCUUUACCCUUCCUGAUACUAAAUAACCUUUCCAGGUGUUUAACAGUCUUACAGGCAGAAGAGACAUUGUGACUAGUUUUGGUUGACUUCUGAAAAGACUGAAUAAACAAAUUGGAAGUCCUA